AUGGCCUCGGCGCGCAGUGCAACCAAGCGUCUGAUCAAGGAGCUCGACACGUGGAAUACUGAGAAAGUCGAAGAGAAGGGUAUCGAGCGCCUAGGUCCGGUCAGCGAAGGCGAGCUCUUGACUUGGGAGGCGGUUGUCAACGGGAAGGACAUUGGAUCCGGAUACGACGAUGGCCGUUGGCUCCUCAGCAUAGUCAUCCCGCCGACCUACCCCCUCCAGCCGCCGCAGAUCCGCUUCGUCACCCCCGUCGUGCACGCCAACGUCGCGCCCACGACCGGCGAGAUAUGCCUCGACCUGCUCAAGGACGCCUGGACCCCCGCGUACAGCAUCCUCGAAUGCGUCCGCGCCGUGCGCAUGCUGCUCAGCUGCCCCGAGACCGACAGCCCGCUCAACGUCGACGUCGCUGCCCUGCUGCGCGGCGGCGAUGUCGUGGGCACGCGGAGGCUGGUGGAGUUUGCCUGCCAGGACGACCGGUACGACGGCGAGUAA